CGACGAUGACUACGGGUUUCUUCGAACCGCGAGAUCAAGAACAAUGACCAAAGGCCAAAGACGAAGCAACGAAACUGCGAAAAAUAUGGAGAUUGUAGGAGAUAAGCUUAUGAAUUUCUUACUAUGAGCAUUUCAACAGCCUUUAUCCUGCCCCAUCACCACCACCACCGCCAGUACUGCAGCAUCGAUUCCUUCAAAAUGUUCAAAAAAGCAUCUCACUUGAAUUUUGGAACUGCGAACUUGAGCAUCGUCCACGGAAAUCAGAACGUCAAUACGUACUACCUGCAGCAUGCACAUCAAGUACCUGGUCCGGGGGAGGAAGAAUGGAAAGUGAAGCUGUAUCGGGAGUAUGACCGAAUCCCUGCAGGGAGAAUCAAGAUCCUCGAAACCCUCACUGAAAACGAAGUCUGGCGAGAAAAAUAUGAAGACGAUUCUGUAAAUGUCAGCUGGGACGAAAGAUGGGUCGGCUUGAGAGCGAAGCGGACUGCACAUCUGGCCUGUCUUGUCCAAGGGGUGAAAGAGUCUUCGCCGUUCUUGAGUAUCACAUACACUGGACCCGAUGCGCAAAAUGUAUUCAAGCAGGAUUGCCUCACAUAUUCACGAAACCGAUAUGGAAAUUUCGUACAGUUACGAGGUUUUAAUGACUCGGAUAUCCCGAUGGUCCUAUUUCACGAAGAACUCAUUCCAGUACAACAUAUUCAACGGCGCCAGAAAUCCUCAGCAGCUUUGCAAUGUUAUCUCACUCUCCAAGCCAGCAUUGCAAAGAAAAACCUGCCUGAAUGGUGUCCGACGGAGUGGGAGUCAUAUGACUGCGACAAUGUGUGGAUUCAACCAAGAAAUGGAAGAAUAUCUUUUGGCCCACAGGGACCUGAGCCUGAUUACUUUCACGUCGACGCUGAUUCCGAGUGGCAGCUCGAAAGUUGCUCGGACGUUCCGGUUCUUCACCCUGCGACAUACAGCGCCGAUUGUAUUACCGAGUACCUGAUCAAAUAUUGCCCGGAUCACAUUUUCUUGGACGUUCUCGCCUUUUCAGGCACACCAAGCUGCAUGUAUCCAAAAAUAGAAGACUGUCCGCGUCAUACACGUCAAGUUUGGGCUCUCAGUACCAGUGGCCGACCGCUUGCAAGAUUCCGGUCCGGAUGGACGUCCGUAAUAGGGUAUACCUGGCUUACUGAAAAGAAUUACCACCCAAUCACGAUGGAAGAUGGAAGGAGACGCUUUUCUAUAAAUUCGACAACUCGGUUGAGGCAAGGAGAAUUCCUUUGCGGGUUCACAUAUAGAGUAGAUAUGUCAUGGCGUCAGCAAGCAUUUGCUUGGCUAUCUCAAGCAUGCAGCAUUUUCAGCACACUGAAUAUUCCAAAGCAUGAAUGGUCAGGCUACGAACUCAUGUACUCGAUUGACUUGGACCUUCAUCUCGAAUUUUCUGAUUACGAGGUCGAAGACGACUUUGACUCGGCUCCCACAGUUGUUGAUAAUCAUCAAACUGAUGAUUGCUAUCUGUUUUUCCACCCGCCACCGCAUUUUCCUGAUGGAUUUCCCGACAUACAUGCUUGGAGGAAGGACUUCUACUAUUACUCCUUGGAUCCUGACGGGAAAUCGGUCAUGACAGAAUACCAACGUUUGUCAUUUCGGCUCCCUUCCAUUGUUCCAAGCGUUUCGGUUUACGCACGCUCCUACGACACCGAUACAUACAACUUAAUCUCGACUUGGCAAGAGAAGAAAGGUUUUGAUCCCACCACAACCGAUUUCGCUCGUUCUUUGGGUUAUCCUAGCAUGGAAGUAAUGUAUUCCGACAUGGAUGAUCAACGUUUUGAUGAUCUCACUGAAGAUACAGACUCACCAUCAUAUACAGACAGUAUGGUUACUGGAGACGAUGGGGCCAUGAACGUAGCCUCGCCGACGCCUUAUUCCCACUUACAGCCUGGUACUACCAGUUCAGUGUUCGAGGACGUGGAGAUGAUGGCAGAUGUAACCUUGUCCACGGACACGGACAUGGAAGUGGACUAAGAGAUGGUGACAUCGGAAAGGCCGAUGCUACUAACCGUGGCAUCUGUCGGCAGCCCCAGUCAUUUCGCGCAAUUCCCUCUCAGCACGCAUUCCAGCGCCUCUGCCGUUCAAAAUUAUGGGCACGACGCCAUUCAUAAGGUGGACACUGCAACAACCAUUUCUACAGACUCAGUUUUGCACUAGGUUCAUUAUUACAAUCUCGUAGUUCGUACCACCGGUUCUACAUGUUGUUAAUUUGCUAUCGUUAAGUCAAUACCAUGC